GUUAUUUUAGGGCUCGGAGAACACAAUAUAUCUCAAUCGGCUGAAUAUAGACUGCGAAGAGCUCUGUUCAAUGGAUACGACAGAAUGGUCCGGCCAGUAUUAAAGCCAUCUGAUGUUAUUAAUGUUACUUUUUUGGUUGAGUUCACGGCGCUGAGUGAAGUGGUAGGUUGGUGUUAAAGGUAAUAUAUAUCAAGCAUCAGACGCAGUGUUUCAUGAAACACUGAGAAACGAGUUGAAAAUACGACGCGCAGCGGAGUAUUUUUGACGAACUUCGAAGUGUUUCAUCUGGUGGUGAAACACUCUGUCGAAUGCUUGAUAUUACUUCUCAAACAAAAUGAUUUUAGAAGGAGAAAUUAAGGACGCAAAAAUGAGCAGUUUUUCCAUCUGAUUUCCAAAAACUUAUUAAACAUAAAAUUUCCUUUGUAUUUUCUUGAUUAAUGAGUUUGAGAAGUAAUUAUUAAAUUUAUACAGUUUUGAUCAAAUAGCUCAAUCAUAUUACUAAAAGAUCACUCAAAAUUGUUUGCAAUAUGCCAUAGUCCCUAAUCGUAUUCAGAUUGAAUUACCGAAAACAUUAAUGGGCAGGCACAUUGAUACGUUAUGCCGUGACCACAAGUAAAAUUAAUCAAUAAUUAUUGGAUGAGACUGAGUAUGAUAUGAAAAAUUAUGCAGAUUGAGGAGGGUGUUACCUGCCGAGGCCUUCCUCGAUCAUACGAUACAUUACUGAAACAUGCUUACCGGCUCGAUCGAUGUUACUUACGGCUGUCUGUCAUCUGCCUAUUCAUCGGCAAAUUCAGGAUAUAAAGGGAUCUUUAAUCUAGCAUAUAUUCUUCAAAUAGCAAUUGUCAUCCGUUGACGUUUUGGUUUUGUUUGUAUCUGUGUUUUCAGGUAGUACAUUAGUUAUUCUGCUUCGCAAAAAGUUGAAAUUUUCUGUCAUUUUUCGCAUGUAGCAAGCAUCCGCUCUUCUGGCGAUGCCGUACUAUUGACUUCAUUCAAUAUACUGGAUAUCACAAACUACAAAAUUUGGUCAACGCCAGCUCGUUAAGAAGAACUAGCCGGGAGAUUUGGCAUGAUUUGGGCCAAUCAGAAAGAAUAAAUAUUUUGGAUGAAUAACUGUCAGAAAUGCCCGCAGGAGGGUGCCCGGGAAGUUUUGAAAACUAACGAUAUACACUGGAGUAACAUGUCUUCUUGUCGCUGAAAUUUGAGACGAAAUUCACUUCACAUAGAUGCUUAACUUUAAAAAAUGCGUCUUUAAUGCUUCAUUAUUCAGCUGUCAUUGCUAACUCAACACUAGACUACCCAUGAAAAGUCUUGCUGACUUUAAUAGGGUGUAACGUGUAACGAUAAGUUUACCCUUAAGAAUUUAAGGUACACUAACUUAUUUGAAGAUUUCUUUUUUAAGAUUCUCAUCUCUUAAUUAAAAACAGGUUUUUUUUAUUUUUCCAGAACAACAAGGAUCAAGUCAUUACUACAGACACUACAGUCACGCAAGUAAGGACCCGUGAAAUAUCGUUAAUCUUCUAAGAAGACACUUCCCUAGGGUCAAAACUUUACAGUCAAUAGAGAGAGGAAGUAGAUUAAAAAGGCCAUCAAGGGUAAAACCCAGAGAAGCAAAUUCUUUAUCUCAAUGCUUUCUCAAUCCCUCUUUCCAACACAUCACUUCACCAACACGCUUUUGUCGCCCAAAUACAUAAAUACAUUAUAUACACAAUAAUAAAUAAAUUUAACUAUAUUUAUUUUUUGCACUUUGGCAUUAUCAUUUUCUCAUCUUUGGCUUUGCUCUCUUUUCUUAUAAAUAAUUUAGUAACUUAUUUUUCAUGUUGAAUGUUUUCUUUUUGCAUUUGUAAUUUGUAUUUUGAAUUUGUAAUCAGUCUGGUAUUUGUCAGUGCAUGUACUAUUAGUAAUUUAUUAAUGAGUGAUAUUGUAAUGUAAUGUGAUGUGAAAUGAAAGAACAAAUUAAUGAAAAAUUUUAAAACAAUUUCUUUUAAAAUGCAGGGCAGCUUUAAUAGUCUAAAUACGUAGUACAACCUUCUGUAAAAAUACUCAGACACGGACGAAAAUCGGCCUUUUUCCUUCAAAUCGCUGCUAGUCACACAUUUGUCCCCCCCCCCCCAGUAAAAGUUGUUACUCCAGGUAGUUUUGAACAUGGUCUUGUAUUACUAACCACUUUGACAAGGGGAGGAGGGGAUAUCACAGGCACAUGGAAAGGCCAUUUAACUUGAAACCCAAUAAAGGUACAGUGGCUCAAGUAUCUUUGCAACUGGUUGCAGCAAUACGGUUUGUAUGUACAGUAGGAAUUCGAGUCUAGUAUUGCUUGAUUUGUUUGUUUGUUUUUUAAAUAAUAAUAGUAUAUUUUUCUUCAACCUUGACGAUUUGCACCCGCGACAUUAAGAUAUAAGCCAAGGUAAUGGACAAAAGAGCUAAAUCAUUGCAAUCUUUUGGAAACGGAACAAAUAGUACCCAUGCAUUUAACGGUGACACCCAAAAGAAUAGCUGUAAAAAUAGCGAUGUAGCGCUNCCCAGUAAAAGUUGUUACUCCAGGUAGUUUUGAACAUGGUCUUGUAUUACUAACCACUUUGACAAGGGGAGGAGGGGAUAUCACAGGCACAUGGAAAGGCCAUUUAACUUGAAACCCAAUAAAGGUACAGUGGCUCAAGUAUCUUUGCAACUGGUUGCAGCAAUACGGUUUGUAUGUACAGUAGGAAUUCGAGUCUAGUAUUGCUUGAUUUGUUUGUUUGUUUUUUAAAUAAUAAUAGUAUAUUUUUCUUCAACCUUGACGAUUUGCACCCGCGACAUUAAGAUAUAAGCCAAGGUAAUGGACAAAAGAGCUAAAUCAUUGCAAUCUUUUGGAAACGGAACAAAUAGUACCCAUGCAUUUAACGGUGACACCCAAAAGAAUAGCUGUAAAAAUAGCGAUGUAGCGCUUUGUCGUUUGGGAGCAAAACAUCUUGUUUUGAAAUACAAUCUCUUUAAAAAUCAGGGAACUUUCAAAACGAAAGGUUGACUAUGUCUGCCCAUUUUUUCUCUACGCUAACAGAUGUGGACGAAUCCGUUUCUUCAAUGGAAUGCUGCGGAUUACGACGGAAUAAAGCAAAUCCUAGUUGAACCAAAAGAAAUAUGGGUGCCAGACAUCGUUCUGCAGAACAAGUUAGUCUAAGAAAUUGCCUUUAAAUUGUUUUAGUUCCAGGGCGUUUUAAGUUAACAUAGACUUUCAAAAAAAGUCCUUCGUCUGACUUGUGGCACGUCGAGAGUUGACAUAGACGUUUGACAUUCAGCUACGAUGUGAACUCAUGACAAUUAAUAAAGUAAAGCAAAUUAGUUUUUCCGCCAAGAACCGGGUACUUCAGCAUAGUAAGAAGACUUGCCACAAGUCGACCUCACGAGUUUGUAAGCGAGAGGAGCGAGCUUUUUAGGCCGCGAAGUGGCCGAGGGAGCGACGAACUCGCGAGAGGCUUCGUCCCGCGCCAUAUUAAAUCAGACGAAGGACUUAUUGAAAGUCUACACAUUAAACCAAUAUAGCCAAGCAUUGAUUGCGGACUUCAAAGUUAUCUUUCUUUCUUUCCACGACUUAUUAUUUUUUUACAUGUAUUCACAUUCAACUGAGGACGUCGUCACUUUACUCUUAUUUAUUUUCCUUGUUUUAUUCAUUCGCAAGUCCUUUAAUUUAGUCCUUGUUUUACGUACGUUAUGUUUUUCUUAUAACGCAAUGUUGUCUCACACGUCGUGAAUAUCUUUUUUUCUUUCAGUGCAGACAGCUUAACCAUUCAAGCGGGUUAUUUAGAGAAAUUUCGAAGUUUUGUCACUGUGCAGAACAAUGGGGAAAAUACAUGGUUUUCCCCCGCAACCUUUAAAAGCACAUGCCCUCUCAACGUACAGAAGUUUCCUUUCGACAUACAGAAGUGCAAAAUGGAGUUUCGAUCGCUUACAACUGACAGCUCGCUCAUGGUCAUCGACACAAAAAAGAUCGAAAGCGAUGAACCCAGCAAAGGUGAAUGAACGGGAAUGCUUCAUAGUACUAAGGCGAAUGAAGUUUUCAAAACCGUAAAAACUAAUUGAUUAAUCUAUCCGUAAACUGGUGAAUCCUGUACCACUAAUCUGACCUAACGUGAACUCAAAACCAAAACAUUUACUCCUUCAUUUCAACAGAGCUUAAUCUCACCACAAGCAACGGUUACUGGUCGCUGAGAGGCAUAGAGAUUAAGUCCAAAGACCACUUCCAAGGACGUAAAUUCAGCGAGGUUCUUGUGUCGUUCUCUAUCGGACGCAAGCCCAUGUUCUUCCUCCUCUUCUCAUUCGUGCCUUGCAUGAUAAUCGGUUUGCUGAUUCUUGUUAGCUUCUUCAUUCCGGCGGAGAGUGGUGAACGUAUUGGCCUGUGCGCCACCAUUUUGCUAGCUGUCAGCGUUUACCUUCUUGUUGUUACGGAACAGUUGCCUGAGCAGUCAGACACAAUGCCGUUGAUUGGUAUUUACUUUAUAGUGAUCAUGCUUGAAAUUGGAUUGGCGCUGACCGCUACUGUUCUGGUACUGAUGGCUCAUCACGCCACGUCAGAGCCUCCAAGCUUUUUGACCUGUUUAAUAGGUUAGUAAUGUUUUUGGAAAGAUACCUGUAAGUUCUGUGUAUGGAAGUCGAUACAACCCACUUCUAGAAUAGACCUUUUUACCGAUACGGCGGCCAUAUUGAAUUUAUUAGAUUUAAGGAGUAUUAUGGGAUGUCCAGGGGGCAUGAGCACGAUCCGAUAUACUCGCUCAGUAUUAACGUGCGCUUUUCGGGCCAAUUUUUCUUUAAGUUUUCCUAGAAAAAGAUUGUAAUGGGAAAAAAAAGAUCGUUGUGCCGUGUUUGGAUGUAAUAAUGAUCGCCUUUUUCCCGAGAAAUAUACAGUGAAGUUCUCUUUUUGCCCGAGAAGCGCGCGUAAAUACUGAGCGAGUGCCCCCCGGGCAUCCCAUAAUACUCCUUAAAUCUAAUAAAUUCAAUAUGGCGGCCGUAUCGGUAAAAAGGUCUAUUCCGUUUAUGGUAUGCUACGCUCGCUGUUCUAGCGAAAUCUAGGAACGAAUCUGUAUGUAAGGCUAGUUUUCAUGUAAACACACUGAUCACUUAUUGUUCAGGGGAUCGGCAAAUUCAUACUAAAGUACCUCGGAUGUGCCGGGACCGUGCGUACGACUGGCUAGAGCUAGGACUGAAUUCGAUACAAAGGUGAUACGAUCUGCAGAGUUAUAGAAACCAUGCUUUACAUGGCACUUCAUGAGCAUAAGCACAAGCGCAUGUGUAAGCAAGUGAAAACUGGGUCGGAAUAAGCAUAAGCACAAGAAAAAAGGACAAGAUCUUUCUUCUUGUGCUUGUGCUUAUGCUUAUGUCGUAGCCUUGACUAGUGAAAACGGCGUCGAGAUAAGCAAUAGCAUAAGCACAAGGCCUUUGACCAAUCAUAGAUCACUUUGACCAGAACUCAUGCGAACAUAUCAAAAGCAGUAUGGCGGACGAAGCGUCCGCCAUCUUGUUUAUAAUCGGGUUCAGGAGAGCUGGUAUCGAGAAUUGAGUCAAAUAUCCCAUUCUGCUCGUGCGUAUGUCCUUAUGCUCAUGCUUAUGCGCUAGUGAAAACCAGGCUUUAAGAAGCGCUCCUCUAUCGUUCUUAAAUUUCUAAAAUCAUACUCAUCGAGCAGAAAUGACAAAUAGAUAAGGGAUCGAAGCAGUACUGAUAAAUUCAAAGCAUAUUAAUGAAAUGAGUCAACAAAACGUAUUUAUUUUAAUUUUAUUUUACGUCGUGCGAUCGAGCUCUCAUUUUUGUAUGCGUGAAAAUCUUGCCCAGACUCACGAGGUAGUCUUUGUGUAGAUAGCUACAGUUGACUCCCCAUAACUCGAACUUCGCUAACUCGAACCAAAAUCGAUUUCCCCUGGAUUUCCUUCAUACAUUUACUGUAAUUUUACCCUCGGCAACUCGAACCCUCGAUAACUCGAACCUCCCGAAGUAACUUGAAGUAAUUUUUGUUUCCCUGACAGAUCAUGUCUAUAAAAAUUUACCCUCCAAAACUCGAACCAUGUUUUGAGCACUUAAAAAGUCGGGAAAACAAAAAAAAACAGUGUACUGGCGUUCGAAACAUUGAAUUUUGAAUUUCCCAUUGACGUGUUGUAGGCAUGUAGUUUACAAGAGGAGGCUGACGUUGUUUGUAACAAAUCUAACGGGACACAGCUUUACUUCUCAAAACAAUAAACGUAUGCUCUAUUAGGCUAUGUUUUGUUAUAGUCCAGCUGUUAUCGACCAAAAAUAUAGCGAAUUGUUCACUUUUAUGAUAAAAGCAUGAAACUUUGCCAGAUUACAACCGACCCUAAGACUAACAUUUUUGGAUAUGGAGCCAAGCCAAAUUCAACACUGAACACGAGUACUGCGCAGGCCCUAAAAUGGCCUACAUGAAAACGAGGCUGACAGUGGAAAUGCUUCUAAAAAACAGGUUUUUAAGUGUUUUGGAAAAUAAAACUUGAAGAUAUCGUGGAAGAAGACAUUUGCUUUGCUGUCAUGUUAUCUUUGGUGUCACGUGACCCUUUCUUCCAAAUAUGGCGAAGCCAUUGUUGGGUGUCCUGUGCUGGAGCUGUCUUCUAUGCAUUUGUGCGUUUUAAGGGGUGAGAAUGGGCAACGAUUCACACAAUUUUAAAUGAUAACACUCUUGCAAAUAUUUUCCAAUUAUCAAGNAAAAACUGCUUCUUUGGGACGGUGUCGAUUCACCAUUGGUAAAACUGGUGUACAACCUACUCUUAAGAUACAGUGACAUCUACAACUAUCUUGAGGAUACAACUAUCAGAAAGGGGGGCUCUUCAAUUCCUUCAAUAUGGCAUAUUUAAGGAAAAAGUCUAUGUCAUAUGACUUUCGAUUGUCGUCUGUGGAGAAAAAACUCUGCAAAAACGCCGUGCGAUCACAAUUUUUGAUCAAUUCAGGCUUUUAGGCAAUGGUGUAUGAAUCCAACUCAAGAUGACUGCACGCACGGCUAACAGAUGACUCACGCACGGCUAACUGGAGGCUUUUCAAACCGCUGAAAAGAUCGUUUUCAUGUAAUGAUUCGCAUUUGUAUGGUAAAAAACAGCUGUUGAUAAUUGGACAAUAGUUGCAAGAGUGUUAUCAUUUGAACUUGCUUGAAAAGGUGCCUCUUCUCACCCCUUUAAACACACAAAUGCACAGAAGGCAGCUUCAACACAGGACACCCAACAAUAGCCCGCCAUAUUUGGAAGGAGGGGUCACGUGACACCAAAGAAAGCAUGACAGUAAAGCAAAUGUCUUCUUCCACAAUAUCUACGACUUUUAUUUACAGAAACACUCAAAAAUGGUAUUUUUGAAGGAUUUCCACUAACAGCCUCGUUUUCAUGUAGGCCAUUUUAGGGCCUGCGCAGUACUCGUGUCCAGUGUUGAAUUUGGCUUGGCUCCAUAUCCAAAAAUGUUAGUCUUAGGGUUGGUUGUAACCUGGCAAAGUUUCAUGCUUUUAUCAUAAAAGUGAACAAUUUUGGUCGAUAACAGCUGGACUAUUACGUUACGUUCUGAUAUAUAAUCUAGAAGUGUUUUUCAAUUUUCAUUUAAAAUCUAUACAAUUAAAUGGAUUAAAAUGUUCACUGUACAGUAAAAACUGGUUUUUCCCUUAUUUCCGGCUAUUUGCUUGUAGCUCCCGAUAACUCGAACUUUUUUCGAUUUCCCUUGAAGGUUCAAGUUAUCGGGAGUCGACUGUAUAUACCGGAGAGCAGUGUCUAGUUAAUCGGAUAAUAGUGUGGCUGUUUAGUUAAGCCUGGCCCUCACUAGCGACGCAAGCGCGCUUGCGAGGACGGUGUGACAUAAUUUAAGCUAGAUUUAUAGGGAUAAGAAGAACGCAAGGUUUUGAUACUUCUCUUUGUGUUUAUGCCGUUAUCUUUAAGUGCCAUGCUAUUCGUAUGCUCAUGUUUACGCCACGCAUGACAUUUCUUUUCAGUUUUAAACGGGAUUACUUGCUGCAGAGGAAGGCGAACCAAAGGCGGUAAGGUAUCCGCAACAUCGCCGGUCACGAAUGUGACUAGUAACGAAAACAGUGGCAUUAAAGCAGAAGAACUUGAUGAAUUAGAGUCGGGCGAUGCCAGUCAGAGGACAAAAAAGACAUCAGUUGCCGUUGGCGCAAGCUCAGUAAAAGAGGACGAAACCAAUCAAGAAACGUGGAAAGAGAUUGCUCGCGCGCUGGAUCGCAUCUUCUUCUGGUUCUUUUUGGCGUUGUUUGUGGUGUCGUCGAUUGCAAUUUACGGUCAAGCGGGUUGA